UAAGUUGGCAGCGCAAAAAGCUAUUGUGCAGCUGGAACUGAUCGUGAUUCGAGUUCUGUCAACUGCAGAACCCAAUUAACUUUUAUUACUGUUCGUUGGUAGCAAUAAUUAGUCAUUAGGGGCCAAAAAGGUGUCACAAGUGCUGAUAAACUUCAUUGAGAGUUUGGUUUUUUCCCGGAAGAAUGUUGAGUUUUUUAUUAUUUAAUAGGAACAAUACUCAUUAAUCAUAUUUGGUGAUUCCCCAAGAGUUUUACUUUCUGGAAUAAGAUGCAGAGGUGCUGGUUCGCCGGGAUUAUUGUGAUCCUUUUGGUUCACUGGACUGGAACCAAAGCAAAUCCCAUAUCAACCCAUUCAAAAGUGGCCACCGAGUUUAUAAUCCUGCAUAAUAAUGAUAUGCACGCCCGAUUCGAGCAGACGAGUGUGAGUAGUGGUAUUUGCUCCAAGGAGGAUGCAGAUACAAAUAAAUGCUAUGGAGGAUUCGCCAGGGUGGCCUAUGAGGUUCGGAAAUAUCGCAAGGAGGCGAAGGAAGGUGGAACUGCAGUUCUGUAUCUAAACGCUGGUGAUACCUACACUGGAACCGCUUGGUUUACUAUAUAUAAGGACAAGAUUGCCAGUGCUUUUCUUAAUAAGUUGGAACCAGAUGCUAUAUCCCUGGGCAACCACGAAUUUGAUGAAAGGGUUGAGGGGCUGAUACCCUUCCUUAACGAGGUCAAUUUCCCGGUACUGGCCUGUAACCUCGAUCUCAGCAAGGUUCCCCAGCUAAAGGCCACCAAGCACUUGGCCCACUCUGCCAUUCUCGAGACCAAUGGCACUAAGAUAGGAGUCAUUGGUUAUUUGACCCCAGAUACCAAAAAACUUACUCUAAAUAUGGAUGUGGAGUUCAACGAGGAAGUGGAGUCCAUCAAUGCUGAGGCCAAGAAACUGAAGGCCCAGGGCAUCAAAAUCAUCAUCGCCCUGGGUCACUCGGGUUAUUUGAAGGACCAGGAGAUAGCCGAGAACUGUCCGGAGGUGGACCUCGUGAUUGGUGGUCACACGAACACCUUUCUCUACUCCGGUGCCCAGCCGAAUGCGGAACACAUCGAUGGUCCCUAUCCCACGAUGGUCAAGCAGAAGAGCGGCAAGGAGGUUCCCGUGGUGCAGGCCUAUGCCUAUACCAAGUAUCUGGGAAAACUUCAUUUGCAGUUUGAUUCUGAGGGUAACCUCAUUAAAUGGGAUGGUGCUCCCAUCCUGCUGAACGCUUCAGUGGCUCAGGAGCAGGAUCUCCUGGAUCUGCUGGAGGAAUAUCGUCCGAAUGUCACCAGACUGGAGAAGUCGGUCACCGGACACACGAAGGUUUAUCUGGAGGGACGCAAGGAGUUUUGCCGGGCAAAGGAAUGCAACCUGGGCAAUCUGGUAGCCGAUGCAAUGGUAUUUAGUCGGGCUAUGGAGAACCAGGGUGGCGAUUUCUGGACAGAUGCUGCCAUUUCCAUAAUGCAGGGAGGAGGCAUUCGUAGCUCCAUUGAAAAGCGAUCCGAUGGCUCCAUCACCGACAGCGAUAUCCUUUCCGUUCUGCCCUGGGGCAAUGAUCUCUUUGUGAUGCCCAUGACGGGAAAAUCCCUAAGACGAGCUCUGGAGCAUGGAGCUGCCUUGAGGGGCAAGGACUCGGAUGGGGGCUUCCUGCAGGUGUCCGGCAUCCAUGUGGUCUUCAAUCCCAGCCAGCCCGAGGGUCACCGCGUGGUCUCCGUGCAGGUUCGAUGUGCCGCCUGUCGAGUUCCCACCUACAGCGAUCUGAACGACACAGCCACCUACAAUGUUGUUCUCGGAGAGUUCUUGUUGGAUGGAGGAGAUGGUCAUCUGUUCAAAGAUUCAGUUCACACCCCACAACGUUUACAGAAUGACGACAAGGCAGCAGUUUCCCAAUAUCUGAAGCAGAGAGAGUAUGUUUAUCCCGAGAUUGAGGGUCGCAUUAUUUUCAUAAAUUCAGCCAGUAGGCUAAUGGGCUCGGCAGUUCUUCUCCUUAUCUCCUCCCUUCUGGUGAAAAUUCUUAACUAGAGUAAGUUAUCAAAAAACGCAGUUUGAUUCUUUAAAAGUAGUUUUUAACCAUUAAUGUUUGUAUAAUGUUGGGUAAAAGUCAGGGUGCCACAUAAAAUAAGCCUCGAAGUUUUAAUAAAUAACAAGAAAUUUGUAUUUGAAAAGUGA